GGUAGGUAGUGCAAGCAUCAUCUGGAGAAGGAACAGAUGGGUGACAGUGAAGCCACACCAAUGCUCCUUGCAGGACUUUUACUGUCAACGCUUUUGCAACACUGCUCAGGCGCAAAUGUCAAAAUUGGUGUUCCUGAAAACUAUGAUGGCAUUUUCCCAUGGUAUCUAGCUAAGCUUCACAACCUGCCGAGUAAUUACACUGACCUGGUGUUAACUGGAGAUGAUGAGGGGAUAUUUGGAGUAGACGCUCAGUUUCUUUAUGCGAUAAAACCGCUGGACAGAGAGAAACAGCCAUCGUACUCUUUACAGGUGUCCUUCAAGCCAUCAGGCGUCAUUCAGAACAUCAGAUCGUUGACUCAUCGACAGAGCUUUACUGUGGAAGUGUGUGUCAUUGACAAGAAUGACAAUGUGCCCACCUUCAUAGAGGAGAGCAUGAGAGGCAGUGUGCAGCUUGGGCUUCUCAAAGGGAUCCCAUUCAUGCAAGUGGAGGCUCACGAUCGCGAUGACCGAAACACAGCUCAUGCUGAGCUGCGGUUCAGCCUGAUGGAGCAAACGCCCAGGAUUCCCUCCAGUCAAAUGUUCUUCAUUGACUCCACUACUGGAGAGGUUUCCCUCACUGAGGAAGGAGCCUCUACUCUAGACCCAGAGAUGUGUGGCCGUUAUAAACUCUCGGUGAUGGUCAAAGACAUGGCUGGCAGGACUAAUGCUUUCUUCACCACUGGCAUUGUUACUGUUGAGGUUACUGGAAACGCAUGGGCUUCACCGGACCCUGUCCGACUUCAGGAGAAUCUUCCAGGCCCUUAUCCCAUACCCAUUUCACAGGUCAAAUGGAGUGGAAGCCAGGCACAAUACAGUCUGGAUGGGGAGUUUCCAGAGAUGCUCUUCACCAUCAGCAGAGAAGGUGUCAUCUAUCUCAAUGCGCCUCUGGACAGAGAGACACAAGACCAGUUUCACAUCAGCAUUGUAGUUGAGCGUCCGGACGGCAGACAGAUUGCCAAGCCUGUGGAGUUAAGGGUGAUGGUGGGUGAUGCCAACGAUAACAGACCCACAUUUCCUCAGGCUCAGUACCACACUGUGGUCAAGGAACUGGCUGCUCGGGGGACGGAAAUCCUGACAGUGCAGGCAGCUGACAAUGAUGAUCCUAAAACAGACAACGUGCGGAUCUUCUACCGUUUGGUCGGACAAAUUCCAGAGAGUCCUCGUGCCCUUUUCAGAGUGGACCGGGACUCAGGUGUCAUUUCUGUCCAGGCAGACAGUAUGGAGGGUACAGCACCUCAAUACACCCUGACCAUCACUGCUGAGGAUGCCAAAGGUCUAAACAGUUCCUGCACCGUGGUUGUCACUGUGCAGGACGAAAACAACAACCCGCCAGUCUUCUCCCAGCAUGAGUAUGGACCCUUUCACGUACCAGAGGAUGCUCUUGUGGGCACCACGGUCACAGCUGUGUUGGCAAGAGAUGGAGAUGUUCGAGCUGGGGACAGUUGGCAAGUGGACUACCGUUUAGAGUCUGGAAAUGAGGACGAGGUCUUCACAUUGGUGACAGACAGGCAGACCAAUGAAGUUUCUCUCGUUCUCUCAAAGGUGUUAGACUUUGAACGUGAGAGUGAGUACAUCCUGGUGCUCAGUGCCCAGAACCAAGUCCCUUUGCUCCGCGGUCGAUACGGCCCUUUAUCAACAGCAACAGUCUCCAUUUAUGUUGACGACGUUAACGAGGGUCCAGUCUUGUCUCAAAGCCAUUAUGAAGUGACCGUCAGAGAGGGGGAGGAACCAGGGCGCGUCAUUGCAACUAUCCGGGGCUACGACCCUGAUUCCCACCCAAUAAGAUAUUCUCUUCAAGGAGACACCAAGAAAUACUUCUCAAUAGGGAAGUAUUCAGGUGAACUGAAGACUGUGCAGGCACUUGACAGAGAGGAAAACAGCACAUAUACCAUGGAGGUCAUUGCAGUGGAUGGACGAAACUCUUCCUUAUCUGCAUCCACCCUGGUGACUGUCCAUAUCCUAGACGUGAAUGACAACAGUCCAGUGCUGGUCGGAGACUAUUCCUGGAAGUACCUGUGCACACCUCAGUGGGAGGACCAAGCUCUGGUGCUGGCUUCCAGGGACAGCGACGGUCCACAACACGGAGGGCGACUCAAUUUCUCACUCCGGAGUGAUGCAACAGUGCGACGCAACUGGAAGCUAACUCCCAUUAAUGAUACUCACACCAAUUUGUCAUUAAACAUCCCAUACCUGCCCCCUGAGGUUUACAUGGUGCCUUUCACCAUCUCUGACAGCAGUUCUCCUCCUCGGAGCACCUUCAUAAACUUGCCAGUGACAGUGUGUCCCUGCAACAUCAGAGGAAACUGCAAAAUAGCUGCCAAGCCGCUGCAGGGCAUGCCAACUAUUCAGUCUGCAGUCGGGAUUCUCCUCGGCACCUUUGCAGUCAUAGGAAUCAUCCUCAUUGUUAUUUUCGUGAGACUGUCCAAUCAAAACCCCAAAGAGCCAAGCAAAACCAGCCAGGAGAGGGUUCCACUGAAGAUAUCCAUUUAAUUAAAAUGGUUAUUACAUAUUAUCACUGUCUUCACUGUAUCUGCACCUGCUUUAAGUCCAUCGUGAAUAUUUUAGUUCAGUUCUGUGCAUGCGACAUGCUAAGGCCCUCUUCCUGGUGCAUGAUUGUAACUUAUGUUUAUCUCUUUUUAUUUCUAUAGAUGUGUUACUUUGCUUAACAACAUUUUAUAUAUUUACUAAGCAGCACUGAAACCAUAGUUUCAAAACUGUUGACUUGCUCUUUUGUAACUAGCACUUCAGUAAUCUUAAAACACCUAGUUGAUAUAUAAGGCUUUCUAUUUAAAUCUAAUUAUAACAACGUGUAGCAAAUUUCAAAAGUCUGAAAAAAUUCAGUAAUUGAUAAAAUUUUGUGGAAUAUGACAUGUUAAUUGUAAUUAAGUAUUGCAGAAGCAGCAAAGAACUUCAUACUCUCAUUGCAGCUUCUAAUGCCAACACCUUUUGUGUUCAUUCAGUCUAUAUAUAAAUUUCCCAGCAGAUGUGAGCCUCUUAGGUUCUGGAUUUAUUAUCUGCAGCCCUCACUCCUUACACGUCCUAAACUAAAACACUAUUAAUUUAAUGAGGCAGCCAGAACCCCACAAUUACAUCAGCUGUAUGCUGCGGUCUUUGCAAUUAAGGGUUUUUCAAAUGCUGACCCAGACUACCUGACAGGCAGGCAGAACUAUAUUCAGACCAAAGUGUUGCUAAAAACAGCUCAGCAACUGAAUGUCCACUGAAUGACACUGCCCAACGAAACAAUGACCUUUCAGUGACAAAGAUUGGAGCUUUAUAAAUGAAUAAGGUUUACAUACAUAUACACUAAGACUGCUAUGACCACAAACACAGCAAUCAGAAUGUUAGCCAUGUAAUGAAAAUUAAGUUCAAUUUAUUGCAAAACACAGCUCAGCCACAGCUUAGGUAGGAUAAUCUGGUCACAAGAAAACUAAUAAUUUUCACUUCCUAAAUCUGGUCAUAAUGGAAGAGUGGGAGUAAGAAAGGCACAGAAAGUCACUGUUGAAAGAAACGUUUAAGAAAUCCUGUUUGCAGCCUGCCACAAGAUAAGUAGGGGACACAGAAAACUUGUGAAAGAAAGGUCUCUGGUCUGAUGACACCAAAUUUUAAGUUCCGGGCUUUCAAAAUGUAUCCUCACAUAACACAACAUGUCAGUGGUUAAACAUGGUGGUGGCAACAUUAUGUCUUAGGGAUGAUUUUUUUCACCAAGGACAGGGAAGCAGGUCAGAAAUGAUAGAAAGAUGAAUGAAAAUAAAUAAAGGGUAAUUCUAGAAGAAACACAUUUGAGGCUGCAAAAGACUUGGGACUGGGGCGCAGGUUCACCAGCAGGACCAUAACAAAUAUCAAAUAUUUAUCUGGAUUUAUUUGCAAACUUUUGUUAUGAGAGGUCAGUCUUUCCAUUUUAACUUUACUCUGCAUAUUACCCAAUUAUGAGGUGCAUCUGGUGAGUUAAGUAACCACAGGGAGUCAGGAGACUGGUAAAAAAAAACAAUGACAUGGGACGCAGGAGAAUGAGAUGCAGCAAAUAAGAAAUGGGACCAGUCAUGGUUGGCAGAAGGAGUAAACCUAGGGAAGGGAUUAAGUACCCAGAGCCUUCCAAACUAUUUCCCUCCUGCCAAUCCUUGAGUUCUGGUGCUCUCUUCUUCUUUUUAGGAAAUGCUGGAGAAAUAUAACCAGAGAGGAGGUGCUCCAGAAAUCUUAAGGUUUCUUCUCCUAAAUGACUGCUGCCUGCACUGGGUUUUUAACUUGAACUUUGGGGCUUUUUAAAGGACUCUUACCUGCUGCGUUAUAGACUAUGUGGCCAUAGCAUUGCCUUCUCUGCGAGAUAAAGAAUACAUGCCCUGGUUAAGGGGUGAAUAUACAGUGCUGUGCAAACAUUUUAGUCAGGUGUGAAAAAAUGCUGUAAACAAAGAAUGCCUUCAAAAAUAUAAAUGAUGAUUGUUUGUUUUUUAUCAAUUUACAUAGUACUAAGUGAGCGAACCCAAACAUACAGCCAAAGUUAUUAAGAAUUAUCUUCAGCAUGAAAAUGAACAAGACUUUCUGGAAGUGGUGUUAUGGCCCCCACAGAGCUCUGAUCUCAACAUCAUCGAGUGUGUCUGGGAUUACAUAAAGAGACAGAAGGAUGUGAGAAAGCCUACAUCCAGAAGAUCUGUGGUUAGUUCUCCAAGAUGUU